AUGCAAAAUAAUGGUUCCCGAAGUUUAGAAAAAACUGGAAUUUUCAAGGCUGCGUCAGCUAUAUUUUGGUUCUGGUGGUAAGCUCUCAGGACCAUCCAACCCACAACAAAACAUGCAUUUUAACCACUCUUCAUAUAUGUUGACACUCAUGAAAAUAGAGAAAUAUGUUCCAGUUAAAAUUCACAAACACAACCUGUAAUUCCUAUGACAAACAUAUUGACCUCAUAAUUCCAAAUUAGAUGGUGGUUAAAAGACGAGAGAGUGAAAUAAAAGUGAAAUUGUGGCAUAGCAUAUAGGAAGGACAGAAGAGUAUCUUUGAUUUGAUACGCUCAACCGAUAAUUAUCUGGGAUUUUUGGGUUCAAUAAAGGGGGAACAUAUGAUACUCUACUUGGUCAGUUUUCCAGCAAAAAUAGAUAUCACAAGAAAAAUCACAUCAGAUUACCAGCUAGGAACAAGAUGUGGCCCUUAUGAACAAAUAUAUUUGAAGAAUCAAUUAUCUUUUUAUUUACAAACUCUAUAUACAACUAAUAAAUCAAUGUAGCCCUACCAAUUAUGGUGGUACCAGUACUUUUUAAAUGAACACAUACAAAAAGAAAAACAUUUGCUGAAAUAGUGCGUGCAAAAAUAAUGCCAUGCAAAAAUUUUCUUCAUAGGCAUAUCAACUUAUCAUGUCGUGUACAUCCUUUAAUUUGCAUGAGUUCCUUGAAUAAUAGUUUUCAAAUACAAUUUGCAGACAGACGCGAUAUACAAAUCAUGUUCAGACAAGAUGAGUAUCGCCUAAAGUUCAUAUCUAUCAGCACAAUCCCACCAACUCCAAGAAAAUUCAUAUAAUCACCCACAUGUGGGUCUCAAGCCCACUCCUCAACUGAUACAAUGUUGACAGGAUUGUUCCACAUAAUCUUGUAUCUUUCCUCAUGUUGUUCUCUGCACAAGUCCACCUCAGACUCUUCUAGGAACCAAGGUGGUUCUAUUUGUGAACAACAUUAUGAAAAAGGAAUUUCAGUCCUCGCGAGUUUUAACUUUCUCCUUUUAUUACUGAUACCGCCAUCAAUAUCUAUUUCCUUUAAAUACUUAAUAAUCUUUUCUGGAAAAACCGUGCAUCUCUGAUCAACCAUCAAUACAGAGUUCAAUAUGAAGUUACUAGGCUGGAUGCACCGUAAGUUAAAGCAAAAUUGUACAGAGUCACUGAAGAAUUUCACAACAGGAAACCCCUCCUCUUGCCUCUCAGUGCAGGCAUUUUCUGAUGACCGCCACUAUCUAAACCCAAUCAAGACAUUUUCACACUCAAACACCAAGUGUCAAAAAUCUUCACAUAAAAUUGAAGCCGAAAAUUCAGAAGUGACCUUUCAUGAAGACGCAUUCGAUCCCUUCGGCUUUCUUGCAAUUGGUACAUUUGGUAUGGAACUACUCAAUACAGACCCACCAACUCCAAGAUUUAUUGUUCCUGGUAUGAAUGUGACUAAUGAAGAGACAGAAAUAACAAACAAUGACCUCAAGCUUAUUAACUAUGAGCUGGAGAAGUUUCUUGAAGCUGAAGCAAAAGAGAUAGCCAAUGACUCUUCAGAGAGAAGUAGUCAAGCAAGUAUUAUAACCCUCAGUAACAAGCAGAUUGAAGGAGGGGAUUCUGAAGGCACAAACACUGUGCCAUGUCCUCUGCAAAAUUAUCUCUUUGGCUCUUUAACUGAAUUGGCUGGGACCGGGGUAGAGGCAAAAAAAGAAAGGACUUCACUUGGGGAGCUCUUUAAGAGGAACUUGCUCCAUGAUGAUCCUAGCAGGAAAUAUGAAGAAUCUGAGAAAGAAGCAAGGGGAAGAUAUGUAAAACGUUUCAUGAAGAAGAUGGUAAAGAAUUCUCAUUCCGCAACAAGCAGCAGUACUCUUUCAUCUAAGGGCGAUGCUGCUGAAUCCAUUUCAAUUAAAAGGAAACUCUCUAAGGCUCUAAAAGUGUUUUGUACGAAGGUUUACCCUGAAGAGAUGACUGCAAAACAGUUCAUAAAUUUGCAAAAAGGUAAGAACAAAAACAUUUUUCAUGAGGGUGGCCAUAAGAUUGGAGGGGGUAAUGACAAUAAAAAGCUUGCUCAAGUGGCAAACAUAAAGAAUGAGAAGAAUACUGUGAAACUAUUUUCAAAUGGUGUUGGCAAAAGUGCUUCAGCAGUGAACAGAGAGCGUUGGAUUAAGACAGAUACUGAUUUCUUGGUCUUGGAGCUGUAGAGGCAGAACCAUUUGAAGCAAAGGUAGCCUGUCAUCCUCCGUUCAUAUCAAUCUGGUGUUUAUUAAGGUAUUACAUAUAUGCAGCAUUAUUUAUGAGUGAGGUGUGAAUUCAAGAAUUAAAGAAAAUAAAAUAGGAGUCCCUCCUAUCUCCGUGAGUUUUCCAGUGAAGAAGCAGAGUAAUGGAUUGCAAUGCUAUGUUUGCACAUGGCUCUUUAAAGUUUAUUUCUGAAAAAACUCAGAUAAAACGUGAAGCAUCAAAUAUAGCUGUUCCUGUCGUGUGUAAUUUAACAAGUGCUUAUGUUGGAAUUAUUCAAUUGCAGAAAACAUUUUAAAGAUAUCUUUGAUGCCUUCAACAUAUGUAUCUGUCCUAAAUUUGAAUCUGUUGUGUUAGUGGGUUGCAUUCAUAUUGAAGGGCACAUGAGUAUCAUUACAUCACUGGAAAAUCACCAGGCAAACCAAUAUAUUAAAUUGUAAUUACUCUUUUUAGUUUUACUAUCAUCUUGCAAUGUUUCUGAAGGUCGCAUACUUUGAUGUGCAUCUACCCUUUCUAGUGUAUAUAGAUCUGCAUGGAAUGGAACAGGUAAAUCAAUUAUACCUCACUCUUAGUAUCACAAGUUGAUCGGGUAGAAAAAAAAAAAAAAAAAAAAAAAAAAAAAAAAAAAAAAAAAACUUGCUGAAAAUCAAAUUGGCAGGAGUUCACUCUUCAAUACUCCUCCCAUCUCCAUCCUCCAAGAUUGAUCUACAAGAGAGGCCAACUCUCUGAAAACAUACAUAUAGAUUUGUCAUUAGUGAAUAUACGAACACUGCAAAAUUAGAACAAUGACAAUUCCAUCCAUUACUUCUUUGCCUACAUAAGGAGUAGAUUAAUCACAAAGCCCUUUAGAAAUAAUAUGAUACUACUGAAAAAUGCCACUUAAGAACAUGAUAAGUAAUAUAACUUAAAAAGUUCAAAGACAUGGUGUGAAUCCUGUAUCCAGCAAUUACCCACCGCUAGAUACAGAACAUUAGUCAUAAUACUUUCGAACAUCCAGACCAACAACAAACAUAAAUGAAUUUAAAUAAAGCUGAGGUUGGACACAUUAGACCCUUUUCACCACUCAAUUCGGUCAGGUGUCCAAGUCAUUUAAGUUCAAAACCCCAUGAAACAGAAAUUUAGAAGUGCAUUUCUUCAAUGAUGUUUCAACAGUUUCUAGCAGGCUGAUCAACUUCUAAAACUGGAAAAGCAGUCCUUAAUUUGAAAAUUGACUUAAUCACCAAAGUAAUAAUAUUGUCUUUCAAGUAAAUUUCCAGUCAACUUUGACAUUGUAAACCAUAAAGCAUGAUCCAAAAUUCACUGUAAAACAGUAGCCCAUGAUAAGAAAAAUUAGGAAAAGAGUAUACCCCCUCCCCCCCAGCCGUGUUUCCCAUAAGUAUCUAGGUAAACAUCCAAAAGUAUACUCCAAUAUGGGCAACUAAUUCAUGUUUUUCAAAAGGCGCACAUACUGCUUCAAGAUCAACUAUCAACAUCGAGUGAAAUUCACAUGUCGAAAAUGACAGUCAUAAUUAGGCUGAAAAAAAAAAUGUACUGAAGCAUGAGCAAGUAAUUUCAGACUGAUUGGUAGUUAUGGGAUUGCAACAAAUGGGGUCCCCAUUUAAUACUAUAUUUUGCGCCUCCAGGAGCUAACAGCAGCAAGGAGGGGUUGUUAAUUGUGCGAUGUAUCAAUAAAACAAAAGGAGUCAUCCAUAUCAAGAAGAUGAGGUAAACAAGUUUGAAUAUUUACAGCAGGAUAUAUGUUUUUCCCCAGGAAAAGGAAGAAGAUGGCAAUAAGCCAGUAGACAAAUAGAUGUCCAAAAUUAGAACUUAAGGUUAUAGCUUACAACAAGCAAGGUCAUCUCUUUCUUCACAUUCUUCAGCAACUUAACAACAUCUGCACGGGCCUUCCAAUCUAACAGACAGGCAAAUGUUCAUUAUUUAAAAGCACUCAGUAGACAUGAAGUUAAAAGCAUCAGUUGAUAUUUUUCUAAAUGGUGGACAACUCAUAUUACUUUGCUUGUGCAACUAGAAGCUACAAAUAAAGAUAUAGAUAAAAAAUAGUGCAGCUGUGAUGCAAUCAGGAGCAAAUUUCACAAAUGGCAAAAAAGUGCAACCUAUGACAAAACCAAUUGAUUUCAGUUUGAAUGCCUCUCCAUUUGAGAGUUGCUUCCAUUAGAUUAAUGAAAUUUGGCCAAUUACAAGGCUGUAAAUCAGCUGUUGCAUGUUUCUUGCAUAACCCUCGCUAUCUAUGUAUGGAAUUCUUGCUGCCUAUGUACACAAAUUACACGGCAAUUACACAGGAUUACAAAUUACACGAGAUUAUAUCCUACUAACACCCCCCUCAAAUUGAUGCUGGUCGGUCAAGAAGCAUCAAUUUGCUGAAGAGAACUGAUGACGCUCUCGGAUCAUGACUUUGGUAAAAAUGUCAGUUAUCUGAAGGGUAGUGGAAAUAUGAGGAAGAGAAAUGACAUGAGUAUCCAAAGCCUCCCGAAUAGAAUGACAGUCUACUUCAAUAUAUUUUGUACACUCAUGAUGAACAUGGUUAGCAGCAAAAUGGUACUUGUGUUAUCAGCAUGGAGAGGAGAGGGAGAAUACUGAGGAAAACCAAGUUUAGCUAGAAGGCCACGAAGCCAGAUGAUCUCGAAGCAGGCAGCAGACAUUGCCCGAUAUUCAGAUUCUGUAGAGGAUUUAGAAACCCAACCUUGUUUCUUACUCUUCUAGGAGAUCAAAGAAUCACCAAGAAACAUACACCAUCCGAUAACAGAUCGUCGGGUGUUAGGACAACUAGCCUAAUCAGCAUCACUAGAAGCAGUAAGACGAAUAGGAGAACCGGCAGGAAAAAAUAAUCCACGACUAGUUGUGCUUCGAAGAUAGCGAAUGAUACGACGAACGGCAGCAAAAUGGAGAUGACGUGGAGUGUGCAUAAACUGGCUAACCUGCUAGAACACGAAGGAAAUGUUAGGCCUAGUGAUAGUCAGAUAAUUUAAACUGCCCACUAGUUGAUGAAACACAGUAGGAUCAGAUAGAAGAUCACCCUCCUCACAACGAUAUUUUGUCUUUACUUCUAGGGGAGUAUCCACAAUAGAUGAAUCAUGAAAGCCUUCCAACUCAAUCAAAUCCUGUGUGUACUUAUAUUGAUGCAAAAAGAUACCAGAAUGACCAGUGUGAACUUCCAACCCUGAGAAGUACAUAAGAGAACCAAGAUCCUUCAUAUGAAAUGAUGUUUGAAGGCGUUGCUGUAGAAGGAUAAUCAAGGCGGAAUCCGAACCAUUGAUAACAAUGUCAUCGACAUAGACGAGGAGAAGAACAAUACCAGUAGAGGUCUUGCAAAGAAACAUGGAAAGGUCAUAUUGGCUCUGCUGGAAGGAAAAUUGAAGCAAUGUAGAUCGAAACUUGUCAAACUAGGCUCGUGGAGCUUGUUUCAACCUAUAUAAUGAGCACCUCAAUUUACAGACGUUCGAGGAAGAGGUGGAGGUUAGGCCAUGAGGUAGCUUCAUGUAAACCUCUUCUUUAAGAUCACCAUGGAAAUAUGUAUUUUUGACAUCCCUUUGAUAAAGUGACCAACCUUAGGAAGCAGCAAUAGAAAUUAUGGUUCGUACUGUAAUCAUUUUAGCAAUUGGAGCAAAGGUCUCCUCAUAGUCCACUCCAUACUCUUGUUUAUUACCCAAUGCAACCAACCGUGCCUUAUAUCGAUCUAAAGUCCCAUCAGAAUGGAGUUUGAUCAAGUAAACCCACUUGCAACCAAUAGCUUUAACAUUUGUAGGACAAGGAACAACAUUCUAGGUAUGAUUGUCCCUAAGAGCACGAAGUUCUUCUGCCAUUGCCUCCCGCCAACAUUCAUGUUUGACAGCCUCAGAAUACCAUGUAGGAAUAGGGAUGAAUGACAAAGUAGCAUUUAGUAAGGUAUGAGAAAAUCCAUACCGAUCUGGAGGACGAGAAAUUCUAGUAGAGCGGCAAGGAAUAGUGCCAGGAUCUAGCUCAGUCUCUGAAGGCGUUGUCUGAGCAGGUUCAGAUAGCGGGUCAGGCUGAGGAGGGGGCAAAGUUGAGUGGCGCCGUUCAUACAUAAAUCCAUGCUUGAAUCAUUCAGAAGUAGAGGGUAUGUCAUCAAAGAGUGGAAGAACAUAUAUCUUGGUCUCGGUCAAAGGCUCAACAUGAGUGGGAAAGAAAUAUUGAUUUUCGAAAAAUACAACAUGACGAGAUAUACAAAAUCUGUUAAAGCAAGGAUCAUAGCAAACGUAGCCUUUGUGAGAAAUACUAUAACCCAUAAAUGCGCACUUAACAAAUUGAACAGAAAGUUUGUUUUGUUCAUGAGGAGGUAAAUGGAUAAAACAAACACAAACAAAUGUAUGCAUGUCAAGAUAUUUGGGAUGCUGAUGAUAUAGGCGAUAACAGGGAGUCUCAAAUUUCAAAACACUAGAGGGCAAUCAAUUAAUUAAAUAGAUUGUCAUAGAUAAAGCCUCGACCCAGAAUUUAGGUGGAACAAAAGAUUCAAGUAAUAAUGUCUGAACAUCAUCUAAUAGAUAGCCAUUCUUAGGUUCGGUAACACCAUUUUGCUAAGGUGCAUUGGGAUAUGAACAUUGGGAGACAAUGCCUUUUUGGUAAAGAAAAUCAUGAAAGUUAUGAUAUAUGUACUCACCUCCUGAAUCCAAUCUUAAUAUUUUAAUGCUUGAAGAUAAUUGAUUUUCAACAUAAGCAACAAACUUUUGAAAGACAGAAAAUACUUCCAAUUUGGAACGCAGAAAAUAUAUCCAGGUAUACUAGUUGUAAUCAUCAAUUAAAGUAACAAAGUAUUUAUAAUGCACAUGAGAUAUAACAAAAGACAUACCCCACACAUCGCUAUGAAUCAAAUCAAAACUUCUUUUAGCCCGACUAACAUGGGAGGAGAAGGGAAGAGACUUACUUUUACCUAAUUUGCAUGUGGAACAAUCAAGAGAAAUAUGAGGUGAAAAUUGAUCUUUAUUGCCCAACAAACCAGAAUUUAUUAGAUGAGAUAAAAUAACAAAGUUGGGAUGACGCAAUCGUUUAUGCCAUACUCUACUCUUAUUGUCAACAUUAGUACAAGCCAUGGAUAUAAUUGGAGGAAUAGGAAAAUGCAGGGGAAAUAAUCAACCAACUUUAGGCCCCUUCGUGAGUAUCUUCCCCGACACUUAAUCCUGCACAAAACAGCCAUCAAGAGAAAAACGAAAAUCACAAUUAUUAUCGACCAAUUGGCCUACAGAUAUAAGAUUAGAAGAAAGUGCAGGGGAUACGAAACAUCUCUAACGGAGGAAUUAACAUCUCCAACAGCAUGAAUAAGUAACCGAUUGCCAUUAGCAAUCUGAAUAUGUGAGGAUCCUUUGUAUGUCCGAAUAUUACUAAGAGUAUCAGAAGUACUAGUCAUAUAAUUAGAUGCACCAGAAUCAACAAGACAUGAUGAUGAUGGUAGGAAACCGUUACCUUGAAGACCCAAGGCUGAAAAAGCUGAAAUAAUCAUCUGCUGGCCCAUCUCAGGAGUAAGAACAGAUAAAUUACCACCAGUGGAAGAGGAAGAACCAAUUGUAGCCUGAUAAGCAUUAGCCUGACGAUUCUGAGGACGAGUAGGACACUCUUUGAUAGCAUGCCUCGGCUUCUUACAAUAGUUGCAAUACUUCUUUGCACAGUGGGCAGCAAUAUGUCCAUAUUCCUUGCAGUUAAAGCAUUGAACUUUCUGUAUAUCUCUACCCUUGCCCUUCCCUCGAGCCGCAUAGGCAAAUGCAUUAGUUGGCAGUUUAUCUUGCUGGUAAUUAGCUUGUGUAGCAAGACGUUGCUCUUCUCGAAGUAACUCUCCCAAGCACACAUCCAAAGAGGGGGAUGGGUGCAAUUCAUUAGAUUAGAUUGAGCAACCUCAAAUUCAUGUUGCAGCUUCAUAAAAAAUUGAUCCCUCUUACUUUGCUCAUGAACCUCUUGGAUUGCAGCUAGUGAACCAUAUGGUAUCUUUGCAUAGAUUAUACCAGCAUACUCCGCCCACAAAUCCUCAAAUUCAGAAAAAUAUUCCUAAAUGGAGAGAUCGCCUGGAGUAUAACUAGCGAUGUCAAACUCCAAUUGAAAUCGUCGGGCUGUAUUAUCAUGAUGAUAGAUCUUCUUCAAUUAUUCCCACAUACUCUUAGCAUUCUUAUACAGCCUAAGAUUCAGAAUAAUCAGAGGGUCAAUAAACCCUAAAAUCUAAGUUAUAACUCGAGCAUCUUUAAUCUUCCAUUUUAUGAGAUCUGUAGGAUCCGUGAGAGCUGAAUCAGUUUCAUCUAUAUGGCCACAUAAUUCCUUCCCAAUAACAAAAAGCCGAAAUUGAAAUUCCCGGGCAGAGUAAUUCUUACUCGUAAAUUUCACACCGAAAAAUCUGACGUUCCAGUAGACAUUAUAAAUUAAGAAAAGCCUAACAGCUUACAAGCCCAAUUGAAAUAAUUAUUUUAAGAUGCUAUACCAAUAAGCCCAAUCGAAAUAAUAAGUCCAAUAAGAGGAACAAGCCGAAUUAUAUCCAGUAAAAUAGACAGGCCAAAAAA